AUGGCGUCCCUCGGCUUAGGGGGCCUUAACGUCUCCGCCCGCAGGAAGAGCGUCCCGUCUCGCAACGCCGCGGUGGAAAGGCGGAACCUGAUCACGGUCUGCAGGUUUUCAGUCAAGACUCUGAUCGACCGUUCCUGUUUUGAGACCAUAGAUGAUACUUCCCCUGAAUUUAAUAAUUUUGCAGCCAUUCUGGAACAGAUUCUAAGUCAUCGACUGAAAGGUCAGAUCACCUGGUUCGGCUAUGAAAGUCCUCGUAGUUUCUGGGACUACAUUCGAAUAGCUUGCCGAAAAGUCUCACACAAUUGCAUCUGCAGUAUUGAGAACAUGGAGAAUGUCGGUUCUUCUAGAGCUAAGGGUCGAGCCUGGAUCAGAGUAGCACUUAUGGAAAAGCAUUUGUCUGAAUAUAUUUCCACAGCUCUGAGAGACUUCAAAACAACCAGGAGAUUUUAUGAGGAUGGAGCAAUUGUUCUUGGUGAAGAAGCAAAUAUGCUUGCUGGUAUGCUGUUGGGACUCAAUGCAAUUGAUUUCAGUUUUUGUCUUAAGGGUGAGGGAUUGGAUGGCAGCUUUCCAGCUGUCAUAGAUUAUACACCGUACUUGAAGUUCACCCAAAGUUCUGACAGCAUCAGCAGUGAUGAAGAAGAGCUAAGAACGCUGGGCAGUAGUGGCAGUGAAGGCAGCACUCCAGAGAAUAUUGGUCCUCCUUUCAUCACGGAUGAAAACAGUUGGUACAACAAAUGCAAAAGAGUAGAACAGAAGUACCGGCUUGCAUUGGAACAGAAGGGUUACCUUGAAGAAUUGGUACGACUCAGAGAAAACCAGCUAUCUGAAUCUGUCUCACAGAAUAAACUGCUGUUACAAAGAAUUGAAGAUAUGGAUCUAGCCCAUAAAAUGGAGAAGGAACAGCUGGAAUAUAUCAUUGUGGAACUGCAAGACCAGUUGACUGUGCUAAAGAAUAAUGACUUGAGAUCAAGACAAGAAUUAACUACUCACCUCACCAAUCAGUGGCCUUCCCCAGGAGCUCUAGAUGUCAAUGCUGUUGCCUUGGACACUCUACUGUAUAGAAAGCACAAUCAACAAUGGGAUGAGAAAAGUUUUCAAAGUCUGGACCAACUUUCAGCAGAAAUUAGUCUUUCUCAAUCCUCUCUGGAUCCAGGUCACUCACAGGAUGGGAAGCAGGAUGGAAUGAACUUGUUAAAUGAAGGGAAGGAAGACACUCCAUCGUUGCUUGGUCUUUGUGGCUCUCUCACAUCAGUAGCAAGCUACAAAUCUCUCACAAGUCUGAAAUCAAGUGAAUAUCUUGCAAGUCCCACAACAGAGAUGACAAGUCCAGGCUUAACACCAUCUUGAGAUACACAAAAGAAGGAAGA